CAGAGCCAGAGGGUUGCCUGGAGGCCCACGAGCAAGGACACUUAGCCCACCUUGCUGCACCAUCUGCCCUCCAGGCUGCCAGGCGGGAUGUGGAGCAGGACUUUGGAGAAGCAGUCAUGGAGGGACAGCAGUCAGAGCCCUUCUCCGUGUCUUAUCCACAGACUUGACCACAUUGUGAUGACAGUAAGGAGCGUUAAAAACACCACUAUGUUUUAUUCCAAGAUCCUGGGCAUGGAGGUCAUGACUUUCAAGGGGGACCGGAAAGCAUUGUGUUUUGGAGACCAGAAAUUUAACCUCCACGGUGGGAAAGAAUUUGAACCCAAAGCCGCUCACCCAGUCCCCGGAUCCCUGGAUAUAUGUCUGAUCACAGAGGUGCCUUUGGAGGAAAUGGUCCAGCAUCUCAAGGCUUGUGAUGUCCCCAUUGAGGAGGGUCCAGUCCCCAGAAUGGGGGCAAAGGGGCCCAUCAUGUCCAUCUACUUUCGGGACCCUGACAGAAACUUGAUUGAGGUGUCCAACUAUAUCUCCUCGUGACGGAGGCUGGCUGUCCUCCUCUCUGUCCCCUGCGAUGUCGCCCUCUCCCUUCCUUCCUGCAAACCCUCACCCAGGCCCAGCCUUCAAGGACUGAGGACUUGGGCACUUCACACAUCCUGCUGGGGGAUCUGAGGUGGAUUUGGGACCAACAAGUCUGAAUGUCCUCCAUCCAGUAAAUUGAUAACCUUUCAAUUAAUGUAAGCUCUUCAUUUUUAUUGUCUCAGCAUUCUGUAUGGGUGUUCAUCGAGGAUGUGAGGUCUCUGAGCUAUUUGAGGGGUCAGUGACCAGGGUAUGACAUCUCUGAGGACCAAAUCCAGGGUCAUCCCCUUGGGAUUCCAGGCCCUUGACAGAUAUCUCCUCGUUGGUGAGCCCAUCCUUUUUCGCCCUUUAUCUUUCACCUCACUUCUUCCAAGUGCUGCCUGCCGUUUCCUCUACCCCAUAGGCUUGACUGAACCCCAAGGUCUCUAUGAUUCCCACAGGGUCUUCAAGGACCAGCCCAGAUUAUGCUACCUUUUUCCUGGAAUGCCUUAGCUGGUCUCACCCCCAGGGAAUGUGGCAUUUUCCAUCUUUGGAUCUGGCAGGUUCAGACUCAUCUCAACUGAGGCUCAGCUCCUGACAGAGUAGGCGGGACAAGGACAAAUUUCCUCUGUUUCUGUCCCCUCCCUCCACCAUUCACUCAUUCAGUUACCCAAUAAAUGUAUACUGAGCACCUACUGCGUGCUUGGCCCUGUUCCAGGCAUUGGAGAGACAGUGUUGAACAGGAGAGAUAAGCAUAUCUAUGUUGGUGGAGCUGCCAUUCUAGUGGGAGACAGAAAAGAAAUAAAAUUAAGCAAAGAAAACAUCAAGUGUGUUAGAGGAUGAUAAGUGCUUUGGAGAAAAAGAAAAUAUGGAAAGGUCGCCAAACAGAUAAAAAUCGCUGGGGCAAUUUUCCAAUGGGUAAUGGGAUGGGCAGGGGAAACCUCACUGAGAAGGAGACAUUUGUGCACAGACCCAAAGAGAUGAGGGAGGGAGCCGCCAAGAUAGCUGGAGAAAGAGCAUACCAAGCAGUGAGAACAGCCAGUGCAAAGGCCCUGAAGCACGAAGGGGCCUGGUGUGUGUGUAUGUGAAGAAUAGUGAGAAGGCCAGUGCAGCAAAGCAGGGUGAGUGGUGGGGGAGCAGCAGGAGGUGAGGUCAGAGAGGUGGUGGGGGACAGACUGUGUAGGGCCCUGUGGGCCAUGGAGAGGACUCUGGCCUUUACUCUGAGUGACGGGAGCUGCCAGAUGGUC